UCAUAUAAAAAAGGACAGUUACAAACCAUCCUUACCUGCAUUUUCAUAACAGUGUUACUUGAAGAAAACGCAGACAUGAGUCUCUCUGGAAAAGACAAGUCCGUGGUGAAGGCUUUCUGGGCCAAAGCGUCCUCAAAGUCCGCUGAAAUUGGAGCUGAGGCUCUUGGCAGGAUGCUGACCUCGUAUCCUCAGACCAAGACCUACUUUUCGCACUGGACUGAUCUGAGCCCUGGCUCUGCUCAGGUGAAAAAGCAUGGUGCAACCAUCAUGGCUGCAGUUGGAGACGCCGUGGGAAAGAUUGAUGACCUUACUGGUGGUCUGUCCAGCCUCAGUGAGCUGCAUGCCUUCAAGCUCAGAGUGGACCCUGCCAACUUCAGGAUCCUGGCCCACAACAUCAUCUUGGUGUGUGCCAUGUUAUUCCCUGCAGACUUCACUGCAGAGGUUCAUGUCUCCGUCGACAAGUUCCUGCAGAACGUGGCUCUGGCUCUGGCCGAGAGAUACCGCUAAAAUCCAGCGAUCCAAACGCAUGUAGUGCAAAAAUGCAGCAUGCCAUCCAUAGAAAUGUCAAGGCCCAACUUGGCCAGCCCAUGAUGAAUAUUGAAUAAAAUCGAAAUGUUCACAGAUGUUAA